AUGGGAGUCGGUAAAAGUUCUGCUCGAUCGAUCCAAGUUUGCAAAGGUGAUUUGACAAAAGAACGAACUGAUGUUGUUGUCGUGUGUUCGUCAUCAGUAGGUUUGCUUAUAAAUGUAUUAGAAGCAGGUGGAGAUAUCUUUAGGAAUUCAUACAACAUUGAGUUUAGAAAAAAUCCAACAAAUAUCAUUGCAAUUCCAGCUAGUGGACAAUUACUGGCGAAAAUCAUUUAUUUUAUUCCAUGGGAACCUGAUUCUGAUGAAACCCUAUUCUGUAAAUCAUUGAAAAAAUUCGUUUCAAAUGCAAUUGAAAAAGCAGUCAAUGAUAAUUAUAAGAGUAUCGCAUUUCCGGCUAUUGGUUGUGGUCAAUACGGCUGUUCACUCAGUCUUGUUGCUAAAACUUUAAUUGAAGAAGCUCACCAAUUAGGAAGUUUGCAUCCCAUUGCCAUUUCAUUUAUAAUAGAACCAGAUAGAACAGAUAUUUAUGAUGAGUUUAAAAAACAAAUUUCCUUAUUAGACUCAUCAAAACCAUUCGAACAAUUAGAAUCAUUAGAACGAACUCCAGAAAUACCAACAGUAUCCGUUCCAAUUGGAAAUGGAAUGAUUAUUGUAGAAAAGGGAAAUAUAACAAGGCAAAAAGUUGAUGCUAUUAUUGGAAGUCCAUCAUCAAUAGCCUUACAUAAUGCAAUUAUCGAAGCAGCUGGUGAUGAUGUUAAAACUGCAUAUGAAAUCGAAUAUAUACGCAAUCCGAAUUCAAUUCUAAUCUCAACUCCACCUGGUAAAUUAUCUUGUCAGCGAAUAUUUUUUCUUAAAUGGGAACCAGAUACAGAUGAUUCUAUACUUCGACAAUCUAUCAUCGAUUUCAUAUGGAAUAUUAUCCAGAAUGUUAUUUCAUAUAAUUACAGAUCAAUUGCAUGUCCAGCCAUUGGUUGUGGAGGAUACGGCUGUUCAGUAGAUAUUGUUGUCAAGACAAUGGUUAAACAAAUUAAAUAUCAUUUGAAAACAAGAAAUUUAUCAUUGACAGUCAAGUUUAUUAUUCGACCUGAGCAAGAAAAUAUUUAUGAUGAAUUUUGUAAACAAGUCUUGGCGUCCGAAGAAGAUCAACAACAAGCAACAUGGCUGAAAUCAACAAGCAAUCAAUUACGAUUUAUGGCAAUGAAAGGAAAAUAUACUAAAAUAAUAAAAAUCGAACGCAUUCAAAAUGAGCGAUGCCUUUUACAAUAUUUGGCACAUUGUCGAGAUUUUAAAAAAAGACUGACAGUAGAUACUGAAAAACGUUUAUAUCAUGGAUGCCCUGAAAAAGCAGCCAAUUCAAUUAUCGAGGAUUGUUUUAAUAGAAGUUUUGCUGGAGUGAACGGAACAGCAUAUGGUGUUGGUGUUUAUUUUUCAUCGAAUGCAGUCUAUAGUCAUGAUUAUACUCGACCGAAUGACAAUGGAGAACGAUGUAUGUUUGUUGCGCGUGUUCUUAUUGGGAAAACAAUUAAGGGAAAUAGCUCAAUGAAAACUCGACCUGUUGGAUUCGAUUCAACAAGUGAUGGGAAAGAUAUUUACGUCACUUAUCAUGAUGCACAAGCGUUCGCCGAAUAUUUAAUAACUUAUAAGUAG